GUCACUUGCACUGCAACAAGCAAGCAUAAAAACAGCAGCAACUUGGAGCUUCUUCAACAGAGCUCACCUACAAGUCCAGCAUGGCUAGCUCCCUCUCCCCUCUGUCAUCAGAUUCCUCUAGCAGGCGCGGUGGUUGGAUUACUUUCCCCUUCAUCACUGGGACUAUGGCAGGCUUGACACUCGCAGCCGGAGGAUGGGUUUCAAAUCUGAUUGUGUACCUGAUUCAAGAAUUCAAUGUAAAGAGCAUUGAUGCAGCCCAGGUUUCAAACGUGAUGAAUGGUUCUACCAGCUUUUUUCCUGUCAUUGGAGCCAUCAUAGCUGACUCUUUCUUAGGCUCAUUCCCAGUUAUCUCAGUUUCCUCAUUCAUUUCUUUGCUGGGGAUAUCUCUUUUAGCAUUAACUGCAACACUUAGUUCAUUAAAGCCUCAACCUUGUGUUAUCGGAUCGGAGUUAUGCCAACCCACCACCAAACUUCAACUUGCAAUCUUGUACACAAGUAUAACUCUGGCAUCGAUUGGCUUGGGCGGCACACGUUUUACACUGGCAACAAUUGGAGCUAAUCAAUUUGAUAAGCCUAAGAAUCAAUCAACAUUCUUCAACUGGUUCUUCUUCACCUUUUAUGUUGCUUCAGUGGCAAGUGCUACAGUCAUUGUGUACGUUGAGGACAAUGUGGGAUGGAAAUGGGGGUUUGCCCUAUGUGCCAUUGCCAACCUAAUUAGCUUGGCCAUUUUCUUGUCUGGGACCCGUUUCUACCGUUUUGAUAAGCCGCAAGGCAGUCCAUUCAUUGGUUUAGCUCGUGUUAUUGUUGCUACUACUCGGAAACGGAAUCUCCAGAUCUCAUCUGAUGAAAGCAAAGAUUAUUACUAUGGGCAUGGUAGAGUGACAGAUGUAGUGGCUGCACCACCGAGCAAGAGCUUCAGGUUGCUUAACCGUGCAGCGCAGAAAAUUGAAGGAGACAUAAAACCAGAUGGUUCAAUUCUGAAACCGUGGAGACUAUGCACAGUUCAGCAAGUAGAAGAUUUCAAGACCCUUGUGAGAAUUUUGCCAUUGUGGUCAAGUAGCAUAUUCUUAGGUACCCCAAUAGCAGUACAAUCCAGCUUGACUAUACUCCAGGCUCUCAGCAUGGACCGUCACCUCGGUCCUCAUUUCAAAAUACCAGCCGGGUCUAUUUUAGUUGUUGUACUAAUCUCCUGCGCCCUUUUUCUCGCCGUCAUUGAUAGGUUCUUAUGUCCCAUGUGGCAGAAGUUGAUUGGUCGGUUUCCGUCGCCCCUCCAACGCAUAGGGUUAGGCCAUGUGCUAAAUGUUCUCAGCAUGGCUGUUUCAGCACUGGUUGAAUCCAAAAGGUUAAAAAUCGCCAAAGACCACCAACUCCAAGACCAGCCUGCAGGUGCUAUCACCCCAAUGCUGGCCUUGUGGCUUUUCCCACAGUUGGUUUUGGUAGGCGUUGGAGAGGCAUUUCAUUUUCCAGGACAAGUUGCAUUGUAUUACCAAGAAUUUCCCGUGCCACUGCGAAGCACAUCAACGGCGAUGAUUUCGUUGAUCAUCGGGAUUUCAUUUUAUCUAAGCACGGGUCUGAUCGAUUUUGUUCGGAGGGUUACAAGUUGGCUACCAGACAAUAUAAACAAUGGGAAGCUAGAGAAUGUGUAUUGGAUGUUAGUUGUGGUUGGGGUGGUAAACUUUGGUUAUUAUUUAGUGUGCGCAAACUUGUACAAGUAUCAAAAUGUAAGUGAUGCGGACAGCUCUGAUGAUAAGUGAUAUAUCUGGUUGAUAAAGCCACCAUUAAUUGUCGAUGUAGGAGUCGGUUUGAUAACGUUGUGUUUUCUAUUAUUAUCUGUUAGUCUUGAGCUGAGUAGCAGGACGUGGACUAUAUAUAUGUUGACAUCCCUGAAGUGAUCAAGAACAGGAAUUAAUGUCACUUGAAUGAAAUAACAAGAAGUUCAUGUGUCCU